AUGUCGCUCGCUCGAGUCGGUCUGCGUCAGCUGCCCGGUAGAGGACACUGUCUGGCGCUCAGUCACGCCAGGCUGCUGCUCCAAAGACCAGCACGAUCUAGGAUAGCGCCCUUUUCGACUCUGCCGCCGCUGAGAGAUGUGCGAACGACGACGAGCCCGCCCGAUCCUUCUACCAAACCUGCUCCCUCUUCUGCCGGCUCGCCCUCAUCGUCCAGGCCAGGCCCGGGACAAGCAGCCACGGUGGGCCGAGACGGCGCGAGAGAGUCCUCCCUGAACGAUCCUGUCACUUCUGUCUAUGCCGGCUCGGGUAGCCCAUCCGGCACACAGCAGGCUGUCGACGCGACUGUUGCCGCUUCCGAUGGCGUCACCAUCGGGGGCGGUUCAUCGAGCAAAGCAGACGUUUCCGGCAUCCCACCUGCGCCUGCUGCGCCUGCCGCAACGGCUUCCAACGCAACCGGCGGGUCUUCUGGCGGCAAGAGGAAGGAUUCUUGGUCUCGCAAAUGGGUCAAGCGGUUUGCGAGAACGAUCCUCUUUGUCGUCGUCACUACGUCCGGUUACAUCGUCUACUCCGCAUACGUAGAGAGUCAUCCUCCCGACCAAGCGCCUCAUGAUCCUUCGAAGAAGAACCUCGUCAUUCUCGGAAACGGUUGGGCCGCCACCUCUCUCCUCAAGAAUCUCGACAACGAAGGCUACAACGUCACCGUCAUCUCACCUCGAAAUUACUUCUGCUUCACGCCUCUCCUACCUUCCGUCACAGUGGGUACUCUGGAGUCUCGUUCGAUCAUGGAACCGACCCGAUUCAUCACUCGCCACAAGGCCCGCCAUGUCGAAUGCUAUGAAGGCGAAGCCCAAGAAGUUGAUCCCGUCAACAAAACCGUCACGUUCACCGAUACAUCAGAGAUCAAGGGCGCUACUUCCGAAACAACCUUGCCAUACGAUUACCUCGUCUACGCCGUCGGAGCAGAGAACAAUACCUUUGGCAUUCCGGGCGUGAAGGAACACGCUUGUUUCCUCAAGGAGAUCUGGGAUGCAGAGAAAGUUCGAAAGACCGUCAUGGACUGUGUCGAGACUGCGACCUUCAAAGGGCAAUCGAACGAGGAGAUUGAUCGAUUACUCCAUAUGGUCGUAGUAGGAGGUGGACCAACAGGUGUCGAACUCGCCGGCGAGCUGCACGACUUCCUCGCAGAAGACCUGGCCAACUGGUACCCGGAGAUUGCAGGACGAGUUCGGAUCACGCUCGUCGAGGCUCUGCCCAACGUCUUGCCUAUGUUCUCGAAGCAGCUCAUCGAAUACACAACGUCUACGUUCAAGGAGAACAAGAUCGAUGUGCUCACACGGACGAUGGUCAAAGAAGUCCAAGACAAGGUCAUCGUUGCCCAGGGUGAAGACAAGAAGCUGCAUGAGAUCCCGUAUGGCAUGCUCGUCUGGGCAACGGGCAAUACUUCCCGACCGGUCACGCGCAAGCUGAUGGCGAGCAUCGGUGAAGCACAAGCCAACAAGCGCGGCCUACAAGUCAACGACCGACUCGAGCUUGCCGGAGCAAAGGAUAUAUGGGCCCUAGGUGACGCGACCGCGACGGCUUAUGCUCCAACUGCGCAAGCAGCCUCACAGCAAGGACAAUAUCUCGCGCGAUGCUUCUCUCAGAUGUACAAGAAGGAGAAGCUCGAAGCAGCGCUCGACUCUGCUCGCGCACACAAAGACCAAGACACAGAGGGCAUCAUGAAGCAACUGCGCAGGGUGACCAACGUCAAGUCGUUCAGCUACUCUCACCAAGGUUCUCUGGCUUACAUCGGCAGCGACAAAGCGAUUGCCGAUCUACCUUUCCUCAAUGGCAACGUCGCAACCGGCGGUGUGGCAACGAUGCUCUUCUGGCGUUCGGCCUACGUUUCUACGCUCUUCUCGCUGAGGAAUCGUGCUCUGGUCGUGCUCGACUGGGCAAAGGUCAAGAUCUUCCGCAGAGACAUCUCGAGAAAGCUCUCUCUCUCGUUUCCACGUCGCAUGUUUGGUCUUGCAGAGGCAGCAUCUGUCUACAGGCUGUCGAGACAAGGCACAAGGCUAGGCAAGCAAGUCAGCGAAGCACUGCGCAUCCUCACCGAAGCACUCGAUACGUAUGGGGAUGAUCAGAUCUCACUCAGUUUCAAUGGCGGCAAGGAUUGCACGGUGAUCUUGCAUCUUUUGGCGGCGGCAGUGUGCAUGCGAGCGACAGGCGUCAGAGAUCACAAAUCAUUCAAAGAAUCCGACCGACUCAAUGGUGCACAUGCUGCAGCAAGACCGACGAGCAUACAGUGUAUGUACGUACGAUGCGACUCGCCCUUUGAUGAAGUCGAGAGCUUUGUCGAGACUUGUCGUGCGCGAUACCAACUCAAGAUCGACAAGGUCGCGGCGAGCAUGAAGUCUGCUCUGGCGCAGUAUCAGAGCAGUCAUCCUGCUGUCAAGGCUAUCAUUGUCGGAACAAGGAGGGGCGAUCCACACGGAGCGUCACUUGAUUCGUUCCAGAGCACCGAUCCGGAUUGGCCGCAGUACAUGCGCGUUCAUCCGAUACUAGACUGGUCUUACGCAGACGUAUGGGCUUGUCUGCGGAGUACAGAGCUCGGCCCAAGCGGAAUCGGGUGGUGCUCUCUCUACGACCAAGGCUAUACAUCACUCGGCUCGACGCACAACACAUUCCCGAAUCCUUGUCUGAAGGCAGGAGAAGGCUAUCGACCUGCUUGGGAAUUGCAAGAUGAGUCACAAGAACGAGCCGGCAGGGGCGAUCCUUCACCACGCGCAUCAUGA